AUUUUCAAAGUUUCUGCGGGGCAACAGCUCUGCUCGCCGGCUCGCAAACUUACUGGUUCCAUCAUAACGACACACGUGGAAGUACGUCCAGCUAAAUAUAUUUGGAACAAUGGCCAACCCUCUUAUGUAUGAGAAUGUAUGGCUGCAGCAGCAACACUUUGAGCAGGCUGAAGCAAACUAUUAUAGACAGCUGGCAGGUACAUCAGCAGCUCCUUUAAAACCGGCAGCAGCAUCUCCACAAACAACAGAGGGUGGUGGAAGUUCUCUUAAAAACGAAAUAGCCCAGACACGACAACAGAUUCAAAACGCCCUCAAGCGACCAGCUCAGAAUCCAAGUUCUGGCAUCAGUCCACAAAUUCUGAAACGACUGGAGGAACUUGAGCAGGAGAACAAAGACUUGAGAAAAGCAACUGCAGAUAUUAUUUGCCGUAUCAAAAAGCUGGAAGAGAGAGUGGGUGACCCAGUAAAAACAGGGGCUGGUGACAGUUCAGGUGCUGCAGAGGAAAAAGUGGAUGACAAGAAAGAUGAUGAUGAGGAGGAUGAUGACGUUGAUAUGUUUGGAGAUGAUGAUGAUGAAGAAGUAGAAGCUCUGCGAAAGAAGCGUCUGGAGGAGUAUGCAGCCAAGAAGGCCAAAAAGCCAGCAGUGAUUGCAAAGUCUUCUGUCAUCCUGGAUGUAAAACCAUGGGAUGAUGAGACAGACAUGCAAGAAAUGGAGAAAUUGGUGCGGACAAUCAAAAAGGAUGGCUUGGUUUGGGGGGCAUCAAAACUGGUGGACCUGGCAUAUGGCAUAAAAAAACUGCAAAUCAUGUGUGUUGUUGAAGAUGAGAAAGUCAGUGUUGAAGAUCUACGUGAAGACAUUGAGAAAUUUGAAGACCUGGUUCAAAGUGUGGAUGUAGCAGCUUUCAACAAGAUUUAAUGUUGCCAAAAACCAAAUGACAAUAAAUCAUUUUUGCAGCAUUAA